AUGCUCCCAAAAGACAUCCCAGAGCCCACCGAUGGCGUCGCUCACGACCUUGGAGAGGUGGUCAGCGGUUCGCAACGUGGGCUACACCGUACAACGUACUUCGGGACGUUGCUCUUCAACGCCGCUGCGUUCCUCCUGCCGGCGCUACACGGAACCCUCUCGAAGCUGUGGGUCGCCAACAUCGACUCAUCCCUCGUGGUGACCACCGACAUCUACACGUAUAUCGGUGUCAUCGCCGAGGCGUCGCGGUCGCUCUCCCAGCGUCUCCAGCUCACACAUACUCUGAUCCUGUUCCAAUCCAUUCUCGGGCUGAUGAUGAGUGUUGUUUUCGUCGCGACUGCUCCUAACUUUGCUAAGGGCUUCGUUCCCGCGGAGGUGAGCAAGGCCAGCAUCGCCUACGUCCGGAUCAGCGCCUUUAGUGCCUUGGCUAGCGCGGUAGAGACGUCUGUUUCUGCUGCCACAAGGGCCUUAGAUAGGCCAGAUGUUCCUUUGCUAAUCAGCUCGGUCAAAUUCGGGGUCAAUAUCGUCUUAGACAUAUUAAUCAUCUCCAAGGUACACGUUGGAAAGCACGAGCCCACCGUAAAUAUGCAGGCCGGUAUCCAGCUAGCUUGCGGGCUGACCUCGGCGGGCGUGGGUCUUGUAUAUUUCCUAUGGAGGAGCCGAUCAAGGAAGCGGCGGGAAGGAGAUGACGAUGGAGUUGGAACAUCACCGACGCUCAAGUCGCUCUACAUCCUUCUCUAUCCCGGAAUCGCCACCUUUAUCGAGUCCGCCGUUCGCAACACGUUGUACCUAUGGCUGAUCACCACUAUUGUCGCCAUGGGCCUCACGUAUUCCACGGCUUGGAGCAUCUUCGUCACCAUCCGCUGGGGCCUUGUCAUGGUUCCCGUCCUCGCUCUAGAGCAAACCUCGCUUGCCUUUACGGGCCACGCGUGGGGAUCUUGGCGCCACUCCGUCGGCGUUGCCAACCUCCGUCCGAGAAUGACUUUGCUACAAGCCCGUGCCGUCCUUCAGCCUGCUAUCACCUCCCUCGGCAUCGCGGUGGCCAUCGAAAUACCGCUUUGCCUCCUUUUCACGUACUUUGGAGCACGCCCAUUUGCGCGCUAUCUCAGCGGGUCAUCCGAGGUCGCCGAUAUCACGGCUAUGAUGUGGCGCAGCGUCGACUGGUGCUACAUUUUCUACGCCGCGUCGACGCAACUCGCCACAAUCCUGCUCGCCACUAGGCCUAGGUGGUACCUCUGGCAGAGCCUGGUCAGCAACCUGUGCUACGUGCUUCCUUGGGCUAUCGCGUGCCAAGUAGCGGACUUGAGUUCCGAUAGGGCCUGGACGUAUCAUAAAUUCGUUUUCGGAGGCAGCUUGAUAUUUAGUUUUGUUGAUGUGCUAGUCGCCGCAUACGAAGGUUUGCCCUAUUGCUGGCAAGUUCGAGAAUAUAAAAACAUGGCCGCCAUUCGGCCACUGCCUGGUGGCCCCAGUCCUCCCCUCACCACUACGACGAGGACCACGGUACCAUACGGCCAGACCAUCUGGAUGAUGCAGACUUCGGGCUUUCACUGCUGGAAUUUCCUUGUCCUACGCGCCACCUCAUAUGGCGGCGAUCAUGACAAGCUUUGGGAGGAGUUCUUAUCGAGCAUGCGCUCAACCACUGAGGGUAUACUUCUACAGAAGCCUAUCGGAAUGCCAAAGGAUGAAGUAACGCCAGCGCUGUUGAUGCCGCUCCUACGGUGGGACGUGCUUGAAGACCGCACUACACUCGAGCGUGUGAGUGUUACCGACGCGACGAAGAGAUUCAUCGCCUGGCGGGACGCCACAUGUGUGGAAAGGGAUGGCGAUGGAGCUGACCAUACGUUCGUGCGGGCAGGAAGCGUCGCACGGUUCCAGUUCUUCGUAAUGGUUGACGACGAGUCUCUUACAUCGUUCCAGGAGGCAGAUGGUAACAUGUCUGGUCGUGCAAAAGGCCGAAGGCCGCCGCUGGUUAAAGUCCGAGUCGUGGAUGCAGGGAAACCCUGGACUGCUGAGGCGCUCGAUGCAUCAAUCCGAUCGCUAGACACGCUUAUCACAAUCGAUAAGUUCCAACCUAGGCCCAAGUCGCUCCAUGGCGGUCGUAUCCCUGUAGUUCUGGUAGCUAGCACAAACUGCUACUGGGCACUUCAGCCUCAAAACCCGGGCGCGGGUAUUAGCUGA